AGGCAACAGGUGUGGCUGUGAAAAUCCAAAGGUGACAAGAAAAUGGAGGCGGCCAUGGACAUAAAGGACUCUCUUCAGAGGUGUGGAAUAAGGAGAGACGUUGAUGUUUGCCAACUCAGCCUUGCCACAAAAAAACUCACCAGUGUCCCUGACUUAUCAAGAUUUCGCUUUCUGAGAGAGUUGAGGCUGAAUAACAACAAGAUCAGAGAGCUCAGCUGCCGUUCCCUCAACUGCUGCUUGACUGAACUUUACCUCCACAAUAACAACAUCAAGUCUAUUUCUGGGGCUCUGAAUCAUCUGACUUGCCUCCGACUUAUUUUUCUGCACAACAACCAGAUCAGAGGGCUGGAGGACACGAUGCACGAGCUCAGGAGGAUACAGCAGCUCCAAACUGCUACUUUUUUCCUCAAUCCCAUCUCCCAUGAACCUGGGUAUCGCCACCAUGUGAUACACUGCUUGCCUUCUAUCCAGGUGUUAGAUGGAAAAGAGGUGAAAUCAAAGGAGAGGAGGUGGUCCUUCCAAAUGCACAACCAGGAGCGUCAUCGUGUCCUCCAGACUGUGGCCUUCUGCAGACGGGCAACGUAGUCCACAAGCAGUGAGGAUGUUAUGCAAAUAGUCCCGUCAAAACACAUUAUAGCACAUUUUAUUGUCCAGCUUACUCUGGGGUAAACCACAUAAAGAGAUAAAAUUUCUUAGUAUAGGUAAUAGUUUGGUAACAUUUGUAAAUAUUCAAUGGAUAAUUCUUUACAGACACAAUGACCAGAUGGGAAUGUCUGUUUUUCAAUACUCAAGUGGAUAAAAGGGGAACUCCACCAAUAUUACACCUCAGUCUGUUUACAGAUUGUACAAGUUGUGCAAAGCAUUUUGUGACUCCAGACGGAGCUGCAUGAAAUCUGACAAACAUCGGUUGGGGCUGAAGACGAUAAGUUUGAAAAUGGAAACAAUCUGGUGAUGUGGAGUUAGAAAGAAGUGAGCUUACCAGACCUCUGUGGCCGGCUCUUCACCUAACACACCUGAAUCUACGAUAGUUUUCUGAUUUAUGAAUGUUAAAGGGAACUGGAGAAUACUGAAUGGAUGUCAGGUGAUGUAUGUUUGAAAUAGGUGAAUUAGUUAAUUGAAGAUGGAGAAGUACACAGAAAACAAGACAGAAGGUUCUGAUUGUUUAGAGGAAAUGCUGUGAUGUAGCUCGGUAAGAGAUGUCAGAAUUUACCAAACUAGAUGCCAACUGGCUGACACGAUGUGUUUAAGAAUACACUUGUUUCAUAUGUCAUUAUGUGUCUCAUAUGGGCCACAUCACAGCUUGUGUUGGAAAGAAAAUGAAAUUAAGCAGGUUUAUUUUUACUUUUCUUUUUAAGUUUAUGAUUAGGCUACUUUUGCAAUGUAAUUAAAUAAAAAAUUUGAAAAUGUGGCAAGUGUAUCUACAUAAUGAGAGUAGCAGCUUAGGAAAAUGUCUGGCCCCCUGAGCCAUAGCCUUCUGAAAAUGUGCUUCCCUGAACAAUAUAUUUGAAUAGCCUUCAAUUCAUGUGAUUGUAUUUGACAUUGAAAAGGACACUUGACAGUUCUACAACAAUGAACAUGUGAUAACGCUAUAUUAAACUAUGCACGCGUAUCUACCAGAGUGAGAGAUUGAACGCAGCGUCUGUUUAACCAUAAUUUGUCCUACUGUUCAUCUCAUUAUUUGUGAGAGUAAGUUUCAUAAUUCGCAAUUUUGAUCCUGGAAAUGAGGCCCCAGAACAGCUGUCAUUUUGUGCGAACACUACACACGGCUGUGGCCAUUUACAGCGCCCAUCACAUGUAAACUAUCAUCGCGGUAUCAAACAAUGUCUCAGUCGUCAUUAUUAAACAUUAGAAGAAUGAUCAAUGAUAAUUAAUAGAGCUCAUAUUGAAACAAACUUUACAAAAAUGCUGUACAAUUCAGGAUAAAACUAAGAGAGUACUGACACAGGUAAAUAAUGGUUCGAAUGUAAAUAAUAUAAAUAAAUCUGUUGAAAUUCAAAGAAAAAAAUAGAACAAAAAGAUACUCCUGAUAACUCCAGAGUUUGUCUGAGAAUUAUCAUGUUUUUAAGUUUUCUUCAGUAUCAAACUAAUCCGGCGAUAGUUGUCUGUAUAUCUAUGGAUACACUGCAAACAGGAACUGCUAAUAGCAACUUAGUUAGCACAUGUUUCAUGCCCCAAAGCCACCAGAUUAUGGAAACUGUAGUUCCAAAAAUAAGAGCAUGAUUAUCCCCCGAUUCCAAGUAAAACAAAUAAUAAUAGGAGAUACAAAAUCCAUUAUUAUGGGGGAGGCGAGUUUGGGGGCAGAGUCACAGAAAAUGAACAUUACAGGCAUCACAAAGAUUUGUUGCAGAAAUGCUGUAUUGGAUUGCACUAAAUUAUACACGUUCCUAAUAAACAGGAACCUCUGUGAUGCUUUUGGAGCCGUGACAGAUCAUAACACUAACUCAGAGAUAAUAAAGAUUGGAAAUAUGUAGAAAAAUGAAGAGAAGACUGAUAAAAUAUGAAAAUCUCCUCCAAAAAUCAAUUCAGUCAUUAAUGGACACUUGGAUGAAGUUGGUCUUUAUUUAAUGCAGUGGUUCUCAGACUUUUUCUGUCAUGCCCCCCUUCAGAUGCCCAAAAAGGUUCAUGUCCCCCCCACCCCAGCAAAAGUGGACUUGAUUUUUAUUGAUCAUUAACAAUGUAUACGAUUGAAGUAAACAAGAUUCAGGUUAGCAAAAGAGCCUUGCUAGCAUCAGAGCGCUUUUGUUUGUUUAUGUCACCACAUGAAUCAUAUUCACACGACUUUAGGUCUGCUCAACAUCCACGACCCCCCUGAAGUGGCUCUACGCUCUCCCAGUUGCGAACCGUUGAUUUAACGUGAUUAAGGUCAGUGUGUUUGACAUUUUGUAAAUCAGUGUUUAUCAGACACAAAGUCUUGUUUGACUCGUCUCUGUCCAUUCAGGCUGCAUAAUAAAUCAAAGAAUAUCAAAACCAUUCUACUGAAGUUUUGUCCGGGACAUGGUGUUCUUGUGCUGUGUACACCAAUGAUGUUGCAUUUUGGGGGGAGAAACAUCUUUCGUUUGUUAUAGUUCUGAAAAUCCUGAGAAUGAAUCUUUCACGAUGCACUAAAAAUAAAUUCAUGUUUAUGUUGUUUAUAUUUAAAAAAAUAUAUUUUUGGUCAGUAUUGUGCAGCCAUGCUAUCCACUCAAUCUGCCAUGAGGUUAUCAGUACCAAAAAAAAAAAAGUUGCAAACAAACAAAAGCUCUGAUUGGCUAGACAGUCACUUCUUUCCCACACAGGUUGCUACAAGUUCUUAAGGCAGAAUUACAUUCCAUCAUUGAUGUGAACCAUUAGCUCUUUACUACACACACAAGUCCUCCCCGUGACCUCUACCACAAACACAUCAGGUUGUGCAAUUUUCACAUUCACAUCAUAUGACAUUAUCAUCUGAAAAAAAUUAAAAUAUAAAAAUGACAAAAUGAUGACAGCUGUGGCACAAACCUUCUUCACAUGUCUGUUGAGAGUCUCUGCUUGAUAAUAAAUAUGGGUUCUUGUCUCCUGCUGGACCAGUCCUUGUCUGGCUUUCAGUCUCACUGCCAGUCUGCUCUCUGUCUGUGAUGAAUCGAUGUGUUCUGGAGGAGGUGGGUGCUGACUGUCAGAUGUUCCUCAGUUGUCAGUAGAAGUGGAGUUUGAGGAUUCUGCUGCGGAGUCUGAGGAGGCGACCUCACUGUUGGUCUCCACCGAGAGGUCCUGCAUGGAGUCUGUGGCCUCCUGCACUGCUUCACUCUCCUCUGAAACACAGAGGUGAUAAUAGUUAGGUCUGACUGUGCUUUUAUACUGAAUGCAAUCAAGGCAUUUGACUUGUAU